AGUUGGCCUGACCUCGCGCCGGUUCUUGACAGUUGGGGCUGCUCCCGCCGGACCGUUGACCGGGACCUCGCGCUUCUCCCCUGGUUGCUGGACAGACAGGGGAGAAGGCAAAAGCCUGCAAGAGGGAAUCCCCCGCUCGCUCUCUUUUCUCCCUCUCUCGCGGCGUGUCUUUUGUGUUUGUACACACAGAGGCGGCCGCGGGACGCUUAGAGUAGGCAGGGAGGAAGGCGCGCGGGCGUGGCCUAGCUUUCCCUCCAUUGUGUGCCAUUGGCUGCGGGGCGAGGUGAAGGCGUGACCUGGGCGGGCGCGAGGCGUAGCUAAGCAGCGGCUACGGCCCUCACGAGUCAGCCAUCUUUCAAUUGUGCUCUCAGCCGCCGUCGCCGCCGCCCGCAGUAGCUUUAGCGCCUCCUUGCUCUUCCUUGCCUGCUCGGCAGCCGCGCACAGUCUAAGCGGACGAGGGUGUAAGGAAGAGAAGUUCGCGGGAACAUGGCUCGUACCAAGCAAACUGCCCGUAAAUCCACCGGUGGGAAGGCGCCCCGGAAGCAACUCGCAACAAAAGCCGCUCGCAAGAGUGCGCCCUCUACUGGUGGGGUCAAGAAACCUCAUCGCUACAGGCCAGGUACUGUGGCUCUUCGUGAAAUCAGGCGUUAUCAGAAGUCGACUGAACUUCUGAUCCGCAAACUUCCUUUCCAGCGCCUGGUGCGUGAAAUUGCUCAGGACUUCAAAACAGAUCUGCGUUUCCAGAGCGCAGCUAUUGGUGCUUUGCAGGAGGCAAGUGAGGCCUACCUGGUUGGCCUGUUUGAAGACACCAAUCUGUGUGCUAUCCACGCCAAACGUGUCACAAUCAUGCCAAAAGAUAUCCAGCUAGCACGCCGCAUACGUGGAGAGCGUGCUUAAACUCUACUAAGAUGGAUUUGCCAUUCUCAAAACAAAUAAAAUCUCUUCUUCCUGUUAUUGGUAGUAAUGAACGUUAGAUAUUUUUUUCCAUGGGGUUAAAAGGUACCUAAGUAUAUGGUCGCAAACGAAAAAAUAGGGACAGAAUCUGGUAUUGGCAAGCUCUUUUUUGUUUUCAUUUGUGUGUGGAUUUUUAAUAUAAACAUGGGGACAUAUAAAGCAUUAUUGCUAUCAAAAACCAUUUCAUUGAACAAGUUUCAGCAGUUCAACUUUAUAAAGUAUAAAUACGCCAGUCAAACUUUUCUGGACAAUGCCAGCAUUUGGAUUUUUUUAAAAAAACAAAAUAAGUAAAUUUCUUAUUGAUGGCAACUAUAUGGUGUCUAACAUUUUUAUCAUACAGUAGAUUCCAUCCAUUCACUAUACUUUUCUAACUAAGUUGUCCUACAUGCAAGUACAUGUUUUUAAUGUUGUCUGUCUUCUGUGCUGUUCCUGUAAGUUUGCUAUUAAAAUACAUGAAAUAA